AGACUUUCCCACUUCCGCUAGGCGCUAGAGAGAGAUCAUCUGCUGCAUGCAUUCAGGGGGAGAGAGCAAAGCCCACGGCGACGCGGCGAUGAGCAGCACCACCGCCGGCACCUACCCGGCGGAGAGCGUCAGCUCCUGCCACCCUCCCACGCCACCUCCUCCCCCUUAUCCGGCGUCGGCGUCGGCCAUCCACGGCGGCGCCCCACUGAGGCGGCGGUUCGACUUCGCCGACGCCAGCUCCGGCGGCGACCCUGAGGAGGAGGAGGAAGAGGAGGAGGAGGAGGACGACGACGACGACGACUUCAUCCGCGUAGUGGAAUACAUUGAGCGGGCCCAGCCGUGCGUCUGCGGGCGCGGCCGCUGCGCCGUGGAGCGGGACGAGCAGCGCGGCCGGUGGGUGUACGUCUGCCCGUCGCAGCCGAAGUGCAACUAUGUUUCCGUGUGUGAAGAAGUAGGUCUUGAUCCUCGAUCACAACCUGCUGUUAGGAGCCAUCCUAGUCCAAGCAAUAAUUGCGUGAUCAGCAUCUCAAGCAAUCAUGUAGCUGAACCUCGAACACCAAUUAAUAAUGUUAAUCUCCGAGGUGCUGGUGCCACGACUCCAAAUAUUAUCAGCCCCCAGGCUACUAUUUAUAUUCCUAAAACUCCACUUAAUUCCACCUUCCAAAGUGCUGGUACUUCAACUCCACUUCAUGUUAGUCCAAAAGGUCCAAGUGCUACAGCUGUGGUUAAAAUUAGUUCCCAAGGGGCUGGAUCUAAUGAUAAGCCAAUCUGCAAGUGUAACGCAGGGAAGUGUAUAGUAUUGAGAAAGGGCAGUGAAGACUACUAUGUAUGUCCUAUACCCAAGGGAUUAGGCGCAUGCAGUUACAUGGCACCUGUAGUAGCUGUUAAUGAACCAACAGAAACUGGAACAAGUGGGGACAAGCAUUUGAAGGACAAUCUUGUUGAGAAGGAAGAUAAUGGAAACAAUCUAGAUGAAGCACAAGACAACAAUGCAAGUGGAUCAGUCAAUCCUCCUCAACCUGAUGAGAAAGAAGUUCAUGGAAACAAUUUAGUUGAAGCACAAGACAACAGUGCAAAUGGAUCAGUCAAUUCUCAAUCUGAUGAUGAAUGGCCAUUUGAAGUCGUCGAUAAUGAAAUUGUGCUCACAGCCCAAACAACGACCAGUGCUGAAGUUCGUCAGGCAUCACCAAGUAUGAAGUGUGAAACGACUGCCAUGGCAGAAGCACCCACAGCACCCGUGCCACCUUAUGAUACCAGCAGUCCCAUUAAUCCACGCUCAGAAAACCGUGUGUCCCCAACUGGGAGGAUAUUAGAAGCAUGGGGUGAACUGAUGAUCUCAUGCUGCUCUGGGCUAUGUCCCCCAUAAGCAGUCAGGGCUCCUGCUUGCUGACCGUAAUCAGCUUUGGCAUGGUAGUGAAAUAUACAAUAUAGAGGAGCUUUGUUAUGGUGGUUGGAAAGUACUCAACCUGGUUCGCAAUAUGUUUGGGCCCAUUACCUGCUUAGUUAAUAGCUUAAUGUAGGUUAUAAUUCAUAAUAUCAUUGUACGUAUAUGUCUAUGAAUGGUACCUUUCAAGAACGGAGCUUAUUGAGGACAGAUUAAUUAUAGGAUGUAUCCUUGAAUCCCUGCCUGUUCGCUUGGCCGAACGUUAGUUUAGUACUGUGGUGUUGAACUGUUAAACAGAGUGCUUUCUGGAGUAUUUAUCCGGCUUUUCUGCAAGAGAAAAGGUUUUUCCAA